AUGAUUUGUUCGAGCUGCCAGAUUUGUACACAAACGAUCAUGGCAUGUCGUCAUCUGUCCAGACGUCUUUCCUUGUGUGUUCGCAUUUCAAGCCGGUGGGCCUGUUCCUCCCUGAACAAACUACUUCAACAAAAUUCAAUAGGCCAUCAAAAUCCAAGCUUUGUACCUGCUAUCACAUGGAACCAAUUGAGUAAAAGACUUUAUUCUUCAACGGCAUCUACUUGUUUUAAUAUUCAAGAUGAAGAUGAUUUCCAGAAAAGAGUCAUUGAAAGCUCCACACCUGUCAUUGUUGAUUUCCAUGCUACAUGGUGUGGGCCUUGCAAAUUACUGACUCCUCGUCUUGAGAAGAUUGUUGAUAACCAAAAGGGUGAUGUGGUUCUGGCUAAAGUAGAUGUAGAUGACAACACGGAAAUAGCUAUGCAAUAUGGAGUUCAGUCAGUUCCAACAGUGAUUGCUGUUUCAAAAGGAAAAAAGGUUGAUCAGUUUAUUGGCCUUCAACCAGAUGAUAUGAUUGAAUCUUUUGUAGAAAAACUGAAGCUUUAA